AAAACUUGGUCACACUAGCCCGCCAUCUGAAGAUAUUUCAGCCGACUAAAAAUUAAGCGCUUUUCCGGGCCAUAACAUUAUAAGAAUAUGAACUUCGACGACAUAAACAUACCAGGAAAACUGGUGCCUGACAACUACUUACAACUUGGUCUGUCAGCCCAACGCGCCAAGCAGCGCAGCUUCAAGGAGCUGUUGGAAAAGAGGAAGCUACCGGUAAAUGGGUGGCCCGAUGAGCAGAUCGAGGAGCUAGUGCAUCAAUUAUCGUCUUUGGACAGCAACAACUUUCCUCACAAGCUGGGACUUGGUGAACGGGAGGCGCGGAUAGCAUGCAGACUUGUGGCCCGACGUCACUACAACUUUGGCCACGGCAUCGGCCGCUCUGGAGACUUGUUGGAGGCACAACCCAAGGCAGCUGGUUCGACGCUGCUCGCCCGCCUUACAAACGCUCUGAUCCUGGACUUUAUGAAGACCGUUGGACAACUGCCCAGUUGUGCCGGAUGCUUUCUAGUUCCUAUUUGCACCGGUAUGACCUUAAGCCUGUGCCUGCAGAGCUUACGAAAGCGGCGGCCCAGGGCGAGGUAUGUCCUAUGGUCACGGAUCGAUCAAAAGUCCUGCUUCAAAGCAAUUACAACAGCUGGCCUGGAACCGGUGAUUAUUCCUUGCAAGGCGGUGCAAGGAGAAUCCCUGCACACAGACAUCGAGUUGUUCCGGGAAAGGAUCGAGGUACUCGGAGCAGAAAGCAUCCUUUGCCUGUAUACCACCACCAGUUGCUUUGCACCACGUAAUAGCGACAACAUCGUAGAGGUGAGCAAGCUAUCCCAGCAAUGGCAAAUCCCACAUCUGGUGAACAAUGCCUACGGACUGCAGGCACCAGACAUCGCUCGUCAGUUGGAAAAGGCCCAUCGAGUGGGAAGAGUAGAUUACUUUGUGCAGAGCAGCGACAAGAAUCUCUUGGUGCCGGUGGGCGGUGCUAUUGUAGCCAGUUUCGAGGAGAAAAGGCUGCAGGAUGUGGCCAGCACUUAUGCGGGCAGAGCAAGUGGGUCCCAGGCCCUCGACGUCUUCAUGACAUUGCUUUCUCUUGGCAGCAGUGGGUUUCAAACGCUCAUCCAGCAACGGAACGACAACUUUAUUUACCUCAAAGAAAAAUUACAAAAGUUCGCAGAGAGUCAUGGUGAAAUUGUGAUCGAUAGCACUGACAACUCUAUAUCCUUGGCCAUAACCUUGGGCACACUCGACGACGCGGGUCAAAACAGCAACAUCACUCGGCUGGGAGCCAUGUUACACAUGCGUGGAGUCUCGGGAACGAGAGUGGUGACACCUGCCCAAAACAAAACCAUCGAUGGUCACGAGUUUCAAGGUUUCGGUUCACAUCGCAGGGAUCUAAAAGUCUCCUAUUUAACAGUAGCGGCGGCCAUAGGAAUAACAAAAGAAGAGAUCGACAAGUUCUUGGGUAUCUUGGACAAGUGCUGGCAGCAAUUAAAACAAAAGUCGAAAUAAGGAAAUCUUAAUAAGUCUGUAAAUAUCCACAUUA